GAGCGGACGGAGAGGGAGCCGCACUGCACACUCACAGCAGAAGCCUGGACGGGGCGAGGCGGCGGUCCCAGUGUUGCCCUCAUCCAUCAUCGCUAUGGGAAUUACCACUGCGUUCUUUCUGAACCAAGCCCUCAUCCCGUAUUACCUGAAACCGGUUCACCUGGAGACACAGACUAUAAAACACUGCAGUUGAGAGACCGUCGCAGCUCCUCUCCUCCGGUAAACUGAGGAGGAUGAUGAUGGUGAUGACUAGCACCUAGAGAUGAGAAGUGUCGCUCAAGCGGACAACUUGGACAAGGACGUUCGCUCCGUCUUCAUCUGCAUUUACUAAAUCAGGACGAUGCCUGCCAUGUGUGUGUCCGCAGUGCUUUUAUAUACAGUGGUGGCUGACAUCACAGCCCAUGUUUUGACCACAGCCAGCCCAGAUGACCAGCCCGUCCUCUCUCCCCGCCACUAUCAGCACACCGACCGAGAGUCGGGUACCCAGCUGGUCUGCGACAAGUGCCCAGCAGGCACCUACGUCUCCGUCCACUGUUCAUCAAAAGCUGUGAGGGAAUGCAGUCCCUGCCCCGACGGUACCUUCACACGAGGUGAAAAUGGGGUCCAGCAGUGCCAUCGCUGCCGGGCUCCAUGCCCAGCAGGCUUCAUCGAGAAAGCUCCCUGCACGGCCACCCAGGACCGCGUCUGCACGUGCCCGCCCAAUACCUUCUUGUCGGGGGGUUCCGGUGCAGAGUGUAAGCCCCACUCCCUGUGCCCUCCAGGGACCAGGGUGAAGAAGCGGGGCAGUGAGACGGAGGACGUGCUCUGUAAGCCGUGCAUCAAGGGAACUUUUUCGGAUGUGGAGUCGAGGUCUCUGAAGUGUCGAAACCGCACAGAUUGCCAAGCUCAGGGACUGGUGCUGCUCACACCAGGGACACGAGAGAGAGAUAAUGUCUGUGGACCUCCUUCUGCAGCGGCAACAUCUGCCUCCACGACCACUCCCAUAGGCCCUGAACAGGCUGUGCUUGUACAGGAAGCCAUGGUUUCUUCAAACUCUCCAUCCUUAUUGACUGGACGUAUACAUAAAGGUAUCUACAGCCAGUCGGCAUCCAUCCUACUGAAGGAAUCGCUGGGUGGUGAAGGCCACAAAGAAGAGGGUCUGCUCCUUAGUCAUCCAGGAACUCCUACUCCGCCAAGCCGUGAUCUCCCACGAACUCCGCUGCUCCCAGCUCGAAAGCAACCAAAGGAAAUCGAGCAUCCACAGGGACAACCCAAUUCUGACACGAUGCCAGGGCCCAACAAAGAGGUGAUGGAGGGUCUGGAUGGCACAGAUUCAGUCAGGGUUGGCACAGGUAUCGGCAAGGUAGCGGGCCAGGGGAACGGAGGUGGGGUCUCUGGUUACUACAGGCCCACACGAAGGGGGUCCCCAAGGCCGAACCCCCACAAUCACUUUGACAUCAACGAGCACCUGCCGUGGAUGAUAGUGCUGCUUAUCUUGCUGGUGCUGGUGGUGAUUGUGGUAUGCAGUGUGAAGCGGAGCUCUCGGGUGCUGAAGAAGGGCCCAGUGCAGGACCCUAGCAGCAUAAUGGAGAAGGCGAUUCAGAAGAAGCCAUCUGCACCACCCACGCAAGUCAGAGAGCGGUGGAUCUACUACUCCAAUGGGCAGGGGGUGGACAUCUUGAAGCUGGUCGCAGCCCAGGUGGGCACCCAUUGGAUUGACAUCUAUCAGUCUCUGGCCAACGCCACGGAGCGCGAGGUGGCCGCCUUCUCCAACGGAUACUCGUCUGAUCACGAGCGGGCGUACGCCGCCCUGCAGCACUGGACCAUCCGAGACAGCGACGCCAACCUGGCCAAGCUGAUCAACGCCCUGCACCGGCAGCGGCGCAUUGAUGUGGUGGAGAAGAUCCGCUGCGUCAUGGAGGACAACCCGCAGUUCGACAUCAACCAGCUGAUGACCUCAGUGAAUGUAAGCCAUAGCCUCAGUCCCAUCCACAAGCCUCUGGAGUCUCCCAGCAGUGUGGGCGGGAGCAGCAGCAGCAGUGGCAGCGUGGGCCGCGUAGGCGGGGUGGGCGUGGAGCAGUCGCCGGUGGACCGCACCAAAGGAUUCUUCCCCGACGAGUCGGAGCCCCUGCUCCGCUGCGACUCCACCUCCAGCAAGGACUCGGCCCUCAGCCGGAACGGCUCCUUCAUUACCAAAGAGAAGAAAGACACGGUGCUCAGGCAGGUGCGUCUGGACCCGUGCGACCUGCAGCCCAUCUUCGACGACAUGCUGCACAUCCUGAACCCGGACGAGCUGCACGUCAUCGAGGAGAUCCCGGCCGCCGAGGACAAACUGGACCGGCUUUUUGAGAUUGCGGGAGUGAAGAGUCAAGAGGCCAGCCAGACGCUGCUCGACUCGGUCUACUGUCACCUCCCUGACCUGUUGUAGAGGAGGAACGAGGAAGAGACCGCAAGGACAAGAAUCAGCAGACUGACGGAUGAAAAGGAAUGUUUUAGCAGGGAGGAUGAGUCAGGCGUGGCAUUGUUCAGAUUAAGCUUGAGUUGACUUUUUAUCUGAUUGAGUUUGACGCCUCAUGCCUUUGUCGCGAUUCGAGCUGGGUGUUUCGCUCUCUGUCUGCUCCCUACAACGACUUUCAAAUCUAGUGCUAACUGCACUCCUCUCUCUCUUUCUCCCUCUCUCCUCCGGUCCACCUCUUCUCUUGUCUUGUGCGUACUCUACUACUCCUUCAGAACACCUCCAUCCUCUACCAUGACACCCUGUCAACCCUCACCGCGACGAAACGAACCCAGCGACCUUAACAGCGAGGCUCCGAAGCCUCCUAAUGUAGAACAGCGCUGGGUUUAACAGGAGCUAAACACGUACUGUCUCCACACAAAGACACAAAUAGCACUUUCUUAAAUGGCCAAUGCCUUCAUGUUGAAAGGGUAAUACCGGUGUUUUGCUGUGGUUCUUGUUGUUCGUGCCAAUCAUCCAGGCUUGUCUUUCUUUUACAUGAUUUCGUUGUUAAGAGUAGUAUUUAAAAGAAACACGGCAGUCAUUGCUAAAUGACUGCAAGAAAAAAAAGCUACAUACAGACAAUAGUUAAUAAGCUAAAACUCUGAACGACACUGGUAUUAUCCUUUUGAGGUUUUUGUUAACCACAUUCUCUGGUGGACUGACCCGUAAGUUAUGUGCCUGAACCUUUUCCCUUUUCACACCUCAUGAGCCGUCUUGACCUCCCCCCCAAAACCCCAACCCCGACCCUCCAGUUCCUCCUGAACCUGGAGCAGAUAGCAACCACCAGCAGGUAGCAGCAAGUAGAUGGCUAACCUGCUGCUCUGGAACCAAAGCCGUGCGUCGUGAAUAUUGGGAUGGACGACCGGGGUUGUGUUCGCCUGAGCUAAUAUCACGAUACGUGGCUUUGCCUUUACCACGCGGCUCUACCGGUACGCACAUCCAGAUCUCUGCUAGCUAGCCCCGUUUGCCUCAACCAAUGUAGCGUUGAAGAAGUGUUCUCGACACAUUUUGGAGCUUCAUGUCUGUGUGGUUGUCAAUCAGUGAUAAAGUGAGAACAACAGAAUAAACACAUGAUUUAUUUUUUUUUUUUAUUUUUUUUUUUGGUUGCAGUCCUAUGUUGUGUAGUUGUUAUUAAAAUGAAAUAAUGAUGCACUAAUUAUAUUUUCUAUUGGAGAGGAAAAUAAUGAUCCCUCUGUGUCAUCUUUCUUUUACUCUGAAAUGCUGUUAACUAACAUUUUGGUUUUGUUUUCUAUACUUAAGUUUCUCAUGUGUUACGUUAUGUUGCCGUUUAGAUUUUUCUUCAGCGGGCAUUCACAUGUAUUUACCCCCGCUCGGCGUCACAAGGUGGUGACCUGGCCGGCCGGGAUGUACGAUAUGCAUACUCCAUAUUCUACUUGAAGUCUGUCUACUUGCGUUACUUGAUUUCACUGAGGAAGAUCUUGUACUGCUUCGGAUUCCUUCCACGUCCAGUGUUCUUAAAAUAAUAGUAAACCUAAAAAGCACCAUCACCAAAAAAUAAAAAAAAACAAACAAAAAAAAAUUAAAAAAAACUAAAAACACAUCAACAUUCGGAGAGGACUUUUGCCGUGAGGGCAGCAGAGGACGGACUCUGUGUUCGCCGAGCCAGAUCCCGUCAUGCUGCCGUGGUGCUACGUCCACAUGAACUCUUACCUGCCUGACGCAAGGAAAGGGGGACUUAACCCUUGGACUAAUGACUAUUUAAAGUAUUCCAGACGAACUGAAAGUUUGCUCUGCCGCGGACUACAGGACGCAGAGGUGGCAGCGAUGACGCUGAAAACGACGUGUGAGGCUGCUGCACCGGUGAGACUGAGGGAUGCGUUUGGUUGACUUUUGAAGGUUGAGGGAGUGGUGUGAAAUGUGGCUCGAGUGGAUGUUUUCCUUAAAUUUCACACGUGUAACCACUAUGUUUACUACUAUGUAACCUCUUAAAAUCAACAGAAUUAAAGCUCAAUACAUUUGUCAUA